AUGUUUAAUUGUAUAAAUGAAAAACUAUAAAACAAUUUUUGUUAACAAAUUGAUGAUAAUGCAUAAAGUAAAUAUAUUCAUGUAUGUCAUUAGAAAAUUUUCAAUCUGAGAAUCUGGCUUAAAAUGAUGUAGACUUUUGUAAAAAUGAUAGAAUAAUCACAGAAAUAGAGAAAUUUUAUAUUCAAAAACCUAAAGGAUCGAACUCUAUUUGCAAUAAGUACUUAGAAUUUGAAGGAGAUAAUUAAAAAAUUAACUAAACUAAAGCGAAAUAUCUAUAAGAUAUUUUGAUUGAUAAAAAAGACUUAACAAAACAAUCAAGUUAAUUGAUAUCAAGUUAAAAAGUGCACAAAUUUGAAUAAAAUAUUAUUUGA